AGUGACCGCACCUUCCCGAAGCGGGGAAUCAACAGCCCGCCCGCCGCCCGCACCGAACCUUGCCUUGCAAUCGUCAACAAACCUACUAUCUAUCAGAGUUAACACGCCGGUUCAAGACAUUCGCCUGACGAACAAGGAACAAACUUCCGAGACAGCUGAAUAUUCGAUUCACUCCCCGCCUCAAUUGUGCGCUGCGCAGUGUCGCAAGCAUCUGAUCUCUUCUCCAACCCUCGGAUCUCACUUCAGCCACCCACGGUCAUCAUGGACGCCUUUUCUCGCUCAGCAUCGCGCCCUCGGCCCUCUUCUCGACCCACGACUCCCUUGCGACCCAGUUCACGCUCCUCGUUCCGCGAAGCCCAUGGAUAUGGAAGCAGUAUUGGCCAUACCGGCUAUACACAACCCGCCAUCAAUGCGUUGGAACCCCAAUUCGCGGAACUCGCAGACUCGAUGGCGGAUCUAGAAGCCAACUUCAUGCAUCUUCAGUUGAUGCAUGAGAGCUUGACACGGUUCAGCGAAAGCUUCGCCAGUUUCUUGUACGGCAUGAAUAUGAAUGCCUUCUGUGUGGAUUUUCCAGAGGCACCGAUCUCAGAAUCAUUCCGGAGGGCAAAGCAAGCGGAGUCGCAAAGCGCAGCUGAAGCGGAGGCAGUGCAAGCGAUUAAUGACGCAGAAAUGACUUUCAUGACUACGGAUACCUCGUUUGUCGAAAACCCGCCCAGCAUCAUCUCUUCCAAGCCCACGCCAAGAAUCCCGGCCGCCUCACGCGGAACUACAAGAGGAACUACAAGAGGAACCACAAGAGGAACAGCCAGAGGGGCAACUAGAGGAACCCGCGGCUCGACGACCGGACGAUAUGCUACAAGAGGCUCUAGCCGAGGAUCCCGGCCCAGUGCACUGCCCCGGGGAAGAGGUAUUCGGUGAUCGAGAGCGGCAGAAACUGUGAGGGCAUGAGAAGCGACAUGAGUUAUGACACAAAAAGCUAUGCGCAUACAGGGGUGCAGCUCUUGGCUGCUAUCCAUGCGAUUGGCAGGUCCAGCGAGGAGAAAGACCCGCACACAGAAGACGACCUACAUCAUGAAGAUGAUGUGACGGUGCCGCGAGGCAGAUUGCGCUGGCCUAGCUGGAUAGACAAUACUGCUUGACAAGCGCAGCCAAAUAAGUAUACACAGUGUGUUAGAUUGUGUGUUGGUAGCUUAGUCUCAAGGUAGCUCCUCAAUGCUCAAUUUGCAUUGGGGGAAACUGGACAGUGUACACAACAAUCUAUUGCG